AUGAGCCGGUACAGUCUGGAAAGCUUCGGCAUGACCAAACGCGUCAACCUCAACGCGCUGCCAACGCUCGAGGGCCGGUACCGCCUCGCCCACGCCAUAGCCGACGGCCUCCUGUCGCUGCUGAGCGUCUCCUGGGUCCACAAGAGCUUCUGCAGCUGGAACAUCCUCCUCUUCCGCUCCCGCAUCGGCCACGGCGCCAUCGACUUUGCGCAGCCCCUGAUCGUCGGCUUUGGCGUCGCGCGCCACGAAAAGCCGGGCGAAGUCACCAUUGACACGCGCGAUCUCGACUCCCCGCUCCGUCUGUGGCAGCACCCGGAUCUGCGCGGCAGCACCCACGUGCGGUUUCAGCCAAAGCACGACAUCUACUCGCUCGGGUUGGUGCUCUUUGAGAUUGCCAUGUGGCAAGACUUGCCGAGCUUUGACAGGCGCGAGGAUCUGCAGACUAUCCAGUAUUCCGUCUCAUUGCCUUAUCUUUCUUUAGCUCUCACCCGUUUCCCGUUUCCUCGCCCUCGUCCGCUGUGUCAUCGUCACUGGGCUCCCCCCAAGCUUCACGACCAUGUGAAGAUUCUGGUCCUGCAGAUGGGCCAGAGCGGACUCGAUCGUGCCUCCGCGCGUCUUCUCCGCAAGAAUUCGAGGCAUGGAAUCUCUUCUCAGCGUCACCGUCCCACCGAAAUGUUUGAGUACCCGACAAGUAGCCAGAUCCCCGCCGCGCAACGCAUAGACACCAUGGAGAACAAUUUCGACGGAACCUCAAGAUGUCAAUCCUGA